AUGUUUCUGGUGCUGGGUCUUAUUCUGGCUAGCGUCCUAUUUGUGGGUCUGCUCAUCUAUCAGUUAAAGUUCAAGCACGUUAUGGAAGUGACUCGAGAUUUGGGUAGUGCACCGACGUGGCCAGUGGCUGGGCAUGCUUUUCAUUUCAUUGGCAGACCGCCGCAUGAGAUGCUUCUUAAGCUACGUCAUUUUGUAGACACCUAUGCCAAAAAACAGACGGUCAAAGUUUGGCUGGGCCCAGAGCUCAACAUAGUUAUGAGCAAUCCCAAAGAUGUGGAAGCGGUUCUUGGCACACAUCGUUUCAUUGACAAGGCCAGUGAGUACAAGGUGCUCGAGCCCUGGCUCAAGCAGGGUUUACUUAUAAGCCGUGGACGCAAGUGGCAGAAUCGUCGCAAGAUCAUUACGCCCACCUUCCACUUCAAGAUUCUCGAACAGUUCGUCGAUAUAUUUGAGCGUGAAUCGCGUAAGCUGCUCCAGAAUUUGGAUAGGGAAUGCCAGCAGCAGGCUCAAGCUGGUUUCGAUCUAUCCGAUUGGAUCAGUCUCUUAACUAUGGACAUCAUUUGUGAAACUGCUAUGGGUGUCUCAAUCAAUGCCCAGACGAACGUUGACUCGGAUUAUGUGUGUGCAGUGAAGACCAUUUCGAUGGUGCUGCACAAGCGCAUGUUCAACAUCUUCUAUCGCUUCGAUCUGGUCUACAUGCUGACUCCUCUGGCUAGAGCAGAGCGUCAAGCUUUGAAAGUGCUGCACAACUUUACGGAAAAGAUCAUCGUGCAGCGUCGCGAGGAGCUUCUGUGUGCAAACAGCUCAACUGCAGAAGUAGUGACACAGAGUACGGAUGAUACUGAUGUGGGUGCCAAGCGAAAAAUGGCUUUUCUCGACAUAUUACUGCAGUCGAAAAUCGACGACAAGCCUUUGACCAACAUGGACAUACGCGAGGAGGUGGAUACCUUUAUGUAUGAGGGCCACGAUACCUUAGCAUCCGCCAUUACGUUCUUCUUCUAUAACAUUGCGUUGUAUCCGGAAUGCCAACGCAAAUGCGUCGAGGAGAUUGUAUCGGUGUUGGGCAACGACAGAGAGACGCCUGUUACCUAUGAUCUGCUCAACAAACUCCAUUAUGUGGACCUGUGCAUCAAGGAGACGUUGCGUAUGUACCCAUCGGUUCCACUGCUAGGCCGCAAGGUGCUCCAGGAAUGCGAAAUAAAUGGCAAGAUCAUUCCCGCCGGCACAAACAUAGGCAUUUGCCCAUUGUUUUUAGGCCGACGCGAGGAUCUGUUUAGUGAACCAAAUACGUUUAAGCCAGAACGUUUCGAUGUGGUUACGAGCGCUGAGAAGCUCAAUCCCUAUGCCUACAUUCCUUUCUCGGCUGGACCGCGCAACUGCAUUGGCCAGAAGUUUGCCAUACUCGAGAUCAAAGCGAUUGCGGCGAAUGUUUUGCGACAUUAUGAAAUUGAAUAUGUUGGCAAUGCAGAGGAGCCACCAGUGCUUAUUGCUGAAUUAAUUCUUCGCACCAAGGAUCCACUCAUGUUUAAGCUCAAGGAACGUGUCAUCUAA